GAGCUCCAGCAGACAAGCUUUGCUGCAGAGGCCAUGGGCUGCUGGAAGCAAGAGGAAAGCAACACCUGGACUUUUCCCACCCUGAUCCUCUGCCUCUAUGGAUUCUUCUACAUGAUGAAACCAUCAGAACCUUUCCUAACACCCUAUCUAACAGGACCAGAUAAAAACCUGACCAUAGAUGAGGUUACCAACCAUAUUUUCCCAGUUUGGACGUACUCCUACCUUGCACUCCUUUUCCCAGUCUUCCUGAUUACAGACUACGUGCGCUACAAGCCCGUCCUCCUCCUCCAGGGCGUCAGCUUCAUCAUCACGUGGCUCUUGCUCCUCUUCGCACACGGAGUGGCGGCCAUGCAGGCGGUGGAAUUCUUCUACGGGAUGGUGACAGCCACCGAGGUCGCCUAUUACGCCUACAUCUACAGCGUCGUCAGCACCGAUCACUAUCAGAGAGUGACGAGCUAUUGCAGAAGUAUCACUCUUGUUGCAGCCACCGUUGCCGCCGUGCUGGGACAGCUGCUGGUUUCCUUAGCAGAUGUCUCCUACUUUCACCUUAAUGCCAUUACUUUGGCUUCCGUGUCCCUGGCAUUCCUGUGCUCCUUUUUCCUCCCAAUGCCUCAAAAGAGUAUGUUCUUCCACAGGAAAGACGUCUCAGAAACCCUCCCGGGACCAGACAAAGGUGUGCCUACGGUCGGCUCCGACAGGCCAUCGAGCUGCCAAGAGGACAAGGGCUCCGUGUCUGCCGACAGGGGACCGGCACCCGAACAGCAGGCCGGUAACGCCGAGCCCCAGAAUCACAUGCUCAGGGUACUGCUGCAGCUGAGCAAGGACCUGAGGGAUUGCUACAGCUCUAGGAAACUUCUCUACUGGUCCCUGUGGUGGGCUCUGGCUACGGCAGGCUUUAACCAGGUUCUGAAUUAUAUCCAAGUGCUGUGGGACUUCAGAGCCCCCUCUCACAGCUCUGCAGUGUACAACGGAGCCGUUGAAGCAAUAGCAACUUUUCUGAGCUCGGUAACAUCUUUUGUAGUACAAUAUAUGAAAAUUAACUGGGACCUCUUUGGAGAGCUGGCUUUAGGGAUCUUCUCUGCAAUAGAUGCUGGUUCUCUACUUCUCAUGCACUUCACUACCAACAUCUGGGCAUGUUACGCCGGCUAUCUCAUUUUCAAAGCAUGCUAUAUGCUCCUCAUUACAAUAGCAACGUUCCAGAUUGCAGUCAAUCUGAGCAUGGAACGCUAUGCCUUGAUGUUUGGAUUCAACAACUUCGUUGCGCUGGUGAUUCAGACCAUUCUUACAGUAGUCGUCGUGGAUUCAAGAGGCCUGGAACUGGACAUAGUGACUCAGUUUUUAAUUUAUGGCAGCUACUUUGCAGUCAUAGCUGGGAUUUUCUCGAUCAGAAGCAUUUGCCUGCUUGUGUCAAGCAAAUGCAAAAGGAAAAUAGCAAGAUCUUGCAAAGAGCAUCUGAACCGUGCUGAACACGCAUCAAAAGAGCAGAUUGUACCUGGCUAUACGACACGGCUGUAG